UACAAUAUAAAAACCAGUUUACAUAAGAAUCUAGCAUAACCCAAUAUUUUUAAAAACUGAGUUACGCUAGAUAGCACAUAUGAGGAAAGUGUUCAUGUUCAGGUCUAUAGUAUAUCGGCUUAAGAAAAUACCAUCUUUUCCUUGAACUGACAAGAUUAGAAUGUUGUUGAUCCCUCGUUUGCUCCGAUAAAAAGCCAUGCCUUCUUCAUUUUCUCUACCAUUGGCCGUUUUAUGGUAAAAAAACGUUUAAUUCCGAUCUAGACGAACUUUACUUCUGUAAUCAACGCAGGGAGAUUGAAACGUUACAUUUUGACACGAAGUUUCGUUGCGCAACGUUUUGACGCCAGUUUUUUCGUGUCUGUCCUAGCCUCUUAUUUAUGGUAAAAUGACGUCAUAACAUUGUCAAAGUGUUGCGGAUUCACGAUCAAACUUUGACAAGUAAAGGAGUUUCACUGGUCGUUUUCACACUAGACACGGAAACCUGUCUUCAAAAUCCAUCAAAACUGAGGGGAAAAUUGAGAGAUAAAGUCAGACGGAUUAUUCGUCCAAAAAAGGGGCUCCGUUUUCACAUUAACUCGGAUUAUCUGUCUGACACGAAUUAUCCAACCGAUAACCCGCUUGCGACAGAUAAUCCGUCUCUAUUGGAAAACGACCAUUAAAAUUUGACGGGUUGAGUCACGCCACCGCCCUGCAUAAAUUAGGAAUUACUUGUUUUCCAAACUUCAGAAGUCGAAUGAGAUCAGCGAUGUUUAGUCUCGAAAAAUGUAGGCAUUUUGGGGUAGUAUAAAGUGCUUAACUAGUCGAAACGAUAACGGUUGAGCUGUCUGCAGAGUAACUAGCCAAGCAUGAGUGUUGAAAAGUUGCUAACCGAAGAGUACGAACAGAAAUUGACGGUGUACCUUUUAUUUACUUCAGUUCAAGUCUUGUAUUUCCUACUGAACGCCAUUCAGCUAUAUGAACUACGUCAAGAGCCAUAAUAGGACAGCUGUCCUAUUAUGGCUCUUGACUACGUUCAAUCAAACCGAAAGGUUGGUUUUAUACGCUUGUAGUCUUCGAUUUAACUUACCAGGUACUUACAAAGUUUCGCAAUGUUUGAACGAAAAGUUUGUUUUUCUUUCGGAAAAAAGGACCAGGAAAAACACUCUAUACUUGUCAAAGAAAACUAUUGCAAUAAAUGUCUUUUAUUUUGAAUAAACUAGACUUUUACAUUUGUUUUCUUACUUUGUUAACCUAAAAACUAUGUUUGAAUAUUAAAAGCUUAUCUGAAUCGCAAUUUUGCAGCUCUAUAAUUAGAAAACAAGUGUUUUUGUUCAGUCUCCUCUGCUUGAGCUUUUUAUAGAGAAUCUGGACAUCUGAGUCUUGCAUCAGCGCUAUCUGGCGAUUUUUCUUACUAGACAGAAAGUGAAUAUUUUGCGAAACUAAACUAAAGAAACCAUCGGAAUUCGUUCGGCAAAUAGGGGUGUCUUGCAUAAGUUAAAAUUUUGUGUCUGUUCUCUUUUGAUCAUAAUAAUCAGACAAUCAGCGCGCGAGAAAUAAUUUAGUUAUUGUGAAAUAAAAUAUCACUCCCUCAUUUUGGAAACAUUCAGGUGGCAAAACAACAACCUCGUCCCCAGGACUUUUAGGUUGGCGAACCACAGAUUAAACAUGUUCAAUACCGUAAAAUUCCGAAAGUAAGCCCCUCCAAACAUUCCGUUAAAUCGCCCCUCCAAAUAUAAGUCCCCUGGGGAGCUUGUACUAGGAAAUUGCCCUCAAAUACAGAGUAAAAGAGUAAAAAGUCCUUUCUUUGCAGAAAUUCUGGGCAGACAAGAAAAUUUCUGAAUUUUUUUAUGUUCUUUCAACUAACAAAGACAGAAAAGGCUUGGAAUUUAUCUCCACCAUUGAAGGUACAGUAACAAAAUAACGACUCCUACAGUCCCUACUGUAUUUGAGAUUCCAAUUUAAUCCGUGCGACGUUGGUCUUCUAUCGAGAAGACGUUUUAGUGGGAGAAUAUAGAGAGGGUGGAUGUACAGGCGGGGUGUUAAGCAUGUGCUUUAAACAGAUAAGUGGGGGGAGGGGGGAGAGAAGGAAAAUACACCAUUCCACGAUUUUUUUCAACAUUUAACUAUGACCAGGGCCCAGUUGUUCGAAGGCCGAUUAGCGCUUCAAAAGUAGUUUCUCGGAUAAUCAGUUUUCUCUGUUAUUUUCAGAGCAUCCAAUCAUCAACUUGUAGACAAAAAGAAUUAAAACUGAAAUGCUUUUUAAGCUUUCAAAUCUGAAUUCAAAUCUCGCACUAACACUAAGUUAUUUUAACCCAGCUUUGAACAACUCGGUCCAGAUGGUUAAAAGCAGUCAAGUUACCAAGUUUAUGAGUGAGUUAUUGCAAACUAACAAAGAUAUAGCUUCGCAAAGUCGAGUCUUCACAGACCGUCGUAUGGUAGGGCGCAGAUACGAGUAGUGACGGCCGCUCAGAGAUUUUUGGCGGGAAACACUUUCUUGCUAGAUGUCAUGUGACCUUGAAGUAACCAGUCGGGGAAUGCACGUUCUUGUUCAUUACAUUGCGCGUUCUUUUUCAUUACAAAACCACAGGUAAGAAGUAUCCGUUUUUUGGGACCCAGUGGCAUCCCGAAAAAAGUCAGUUCGAAUGGGAGCCUAAAGAGGCCAUUGAUCAUUCUCCAGAUGCCAUUCGCAUAGGGCAGUACAUGGCCAACUUCUUCGUCAAUCAAGGUAUAAAUAGUAACACACCUAGCAUAUUCUUCUAACUUGAGUUUCACGCAAAAUCAUUUUCCUGCCCGCGACAUCGAAACCCGCACCGGCGACUUUCGACUCGCAUCCGCGACAUCCAACUCGCACCCGCGACUUCCAACCGGCAACCGCGACCCGCGACCAUUAGUCAAACUCCAUUCUUACAGUCUGUUUUCGUAAGAUCCACUCUCACGAAGGACUUUUCGCGACCUUGUCUCUCAAAGUGGUAAAGUCGUGAGCAAUUAUAACCAGGAACGAACUUGUCUCUCACCGAAACAUCCCGCUUAUGCGUCUUCUAGCUCGAAAAGUAAUGAUGAUGAUGUGAGCGUUUUUAUCAGUUAAGAUACACACGCAUCAGUUUAGGCCAUAGUUUUAGAUUGAGUUGGGGGAAUGAUUGGGUUGGACUCAACUUGAUUCGCAAAGGAAUGUGUCUGCAUAUUAAAGCUAUCGCGCGAGGUGAUAGCUAUCUUUGGGGACGGGAGAGUGAGUAUAACUUUGGAAUUACAGUGCAGUUGUAUUCUCUAUUCUCUUCUCAGCUCGAGGUAACACGCACAAGUUUUCCACUGAAGAGGAGGAAGAGAAGGCGCUUAUUUACAAGUACAAUCCCACCAAUACUUCAGAGUAUUCCACAUUUGAUCAGUGUUACUUUUUUCAAUAG